CUGCUUAGGGCCUCAAUCCAAAGGGGCUGGCUUGAGAUGCUUGAUUGCUGUAGAUGGAGCUGCAGCAACUCGGCUACUUCCCGGGGAGGAGGAGGAGGAGGAGGAGGUGGAGAGGAAGGCACCAGAGCUGCUCCUGCUUUGCAUUAGAGCUUUAUAGCCGCAAUUUGUGAACAUUUGCUUUGGGAGGAAUGCGGGUGUGGAUGGUCCAGUUUGCCACCCAGGGGAGGAGAGAGCUGGCGACGCUAGGCUAAAAUAACCUGAGGGGAAAGAAGAAGAAGCUAUACAUCCACUCCUGUGCCUUGUUGAGAUAUAUAUAUAUAUGUGUGUGUGUAUAUAUAAUAUACAAUUUCCCAACCCUAUUUCCCUGUGCCACUUUGUGUCAUCAUCUUUGGGGAAUUUAACAAGAAGCCAUCAGGACACUGAACUGAAGAUAGAAAGAGAAGGAGAGAAACCAGACCCACAUCUGAGCUGACGGCUGUGUCCAAAAAUCCAUCUGAUUAAUAAAUAAAAUCGUGAGACAGACACGGGGAAAAGAACUUUGGAGGGAAUUUUUUCCCCUGCAGAGGCUUUUUUUUUUUUCUCCCUCCACUCCCCCACCCCAAUCUAAUCAUGAUGUUUCGAGAUCAGGUUGGAGUGCUGGCUGGUUGGUUUAAAGGCUGGAAUGAAUGCGAGCAGACUGUUGCUUUGCUCUCCUUGUUGAAGCGGGUGAGUCGAACCCAAGCCCGUUUCCUCCAGCUCUGCCUGGAGCAUUCAUUGGCAGAUUGCACUGAGCUGCACAUUCUUGAAGGGGAAGCCAACAACCCUGGAAUCAUUAACCAAUGGCAACAGGAAUCCAAGGAUAAAGUGAUCUCCCUCUUGUUAACCCAUCUGCCUUUAUUGAAACCAGGAAACAUUGAAGCAAAAGUGGAAUACAUGAAACUGUUGCCUAAAAUCCUCGCUCAUUCAAUUGAACACAACCAACACAUAGAAGAGAGCAGGCAGCUUUUGUCCUAUGCCUUGAUCCAUCCUGCCACUUCACUGGAAGACAGGAGCGCUCUGGCCAUGUGGCUCAAUCACUUAGAGGAUCGCACAUCGGGUAGUUUUGGCAGCCAAAACAGAGGUCGGUCUGAUUCUGUGGAUUAUGGACAGACACAUUACUAUCACCAAAGACAGAACUCUGAUGACAAGCUGAACGGGUGGCAGAACUCUCGAGAUUCUGGGAUAUGCGUCAGUGCUUCCAGCUGGCAGGACAAAAACCUGGGGUGUGAGAACGGCCAUUUGCCCCUCUACUCUUCUUCUUCUGUCCCAACUACUAUCAAUACUAUCGGAACUAAUACAAGCACAAUUCUCUCAGGCCAGACACACCACAGCCCUUUGAAACGAUCUGUGUCCCUUACCCCACCCAUGAAUGUGCCAAACCAGCCUCUAGGACAUGGAUGGAUGUCUCAUGAGGAUUUACGAGCUAGAGGACCCCAGUGCAUCCCCUCCGAUCACGCCCCCCUGUCUCCACAGAGCAGUGUAGCCUCUUCGGGAAGUGGUGGGAGUGAACAUUUAGAAGAUCAGCCUUCUGCUCGUAACACAUUCCAGGAAGAAGGGAGUGGUAUGAAAGAUGUUCCUGCCUGGCUGAAGAGUCUCCGCCUGCACAAGUAUGCAGCUCUUUUCUCCCAGAUGACGUACGAAGAAAUGAUGGCACUUACCGAAUGCCAACUCGAGGCACAAAAUGUUACCAAAGGUGCAAGACACAAAAUAGUCAUCAGUAUCCAAAAGCUGAAAGAGAGACAGAAUCUUCUCAAGUCUUUAGAAAGGGACAUCCUGGAAGGUGGCAACCUGCGCAUCCCACUGCAGGAGCUACACCAAAUGAUCCUCACCCCGAUCAAAGCCUACUGCUCCCAGAACUCAAACACAGAUGAGCAGAGCCGGGACCUGGAUUCCGACCACCUGCCUUCUCUGAUCGGCUCGGACAGCCAAGGGUCUGACUGCAAGGACUCUGCCUCUGGGUGCAUACAGCAGCACCACUUGCCUGGCUGCGAGAGCGAGUCUGGAGGGGCACCUUUGCCCGAAGGGGAUCUUCCUGGGCAGUUCACAAGAGUCAUGGGGAAAGUAUGUACACAACUUUUAGUUUCCAGACCUGAUGAGGAGAAUAUAAGUUCCUAUUUACAGCUCAUAGACAAAUGUCUAAUUCAUGAGGCAUUUACAGAGACACAGAAGAAAAGAUUGUUGUCAUGGAAACAGCAGGUGCAAAAACUCUUCAGGUCUUUCCCUCGGAAAUCCCUUCUAGACAUAUCAGGAUAUCGGCAGCAAAGAAAUCGAGGCUUUGGCCAGUCAAACUCCUUACCAACAGCUGGAUCUGUCGGUGCAGGAAUGGGCAGACGGAACCCACGCCAGUUCCAGAUUCCCUCACGGAAUCUCCCCCCCACCCGGCUGGGUCUGCUGGGCCCCAGUGGACUCCUAGGUGCUGCACAACGCAGCGCAGCUGCCAACCCAACCAUCUUGAAACAAGGAAGACAGAAUCUUUGGUUCGCAAACCCCGGGGGUAGUAACAGCAUGCCAAGCCGGACCCAUAGCUCAGUGCAGAGGACGCGUUCCCUGCCUGUCCACACAUCCCCACAGACCAUGCUGAUGUUUCAGCAGCCAGAGUUCCAGGUAGCAGUGACAGAACCUGACAUCAACAACAGGCUGGAGUCCUUGUGCCUGAGUAUGACCGAACAUGCCCUGGGGGAGAGCUGUGCAUGGAGCGUCAUAGGCACUGUGGAUUUCAUUGGCGGGAGCAGGCAUGAUAAGCCCACGCACACCUCUCAGCGCUUUCUGACUGACGGCGUUGAUAGAACCUCUACGAUAUAGAAGAUGAAUGUGUACCGGUGACAGCGCUGGCCGUGAGAAUGACUGCUGCAGGUCCAGUGGCAACAGUCUCCAGACGUGCACAGGAUUCUCAAAGAGAUUUUGCAUUCGCUCUUUUUCCCUCUUGCUCUCAUUUUAAUUUUGUGAAUGUGUAGAUUGUCCUUGUGAACAUAUCAUUAGAAUCGGACUUUGUUUUGUCAUUUAUUACACAUCCUCUCUAGAGGGAAAGUGUGGGGGAAAGGCAAAGUGCUGAUAAAUGAGGUGUUAAUCUCCAGCUGGGGAGGAUGGAGAGCACCAGGCAAACCCUGUUUCUGAAGGAGGAAAUUAACAAAUAUCACAUGUGUGACCAAAAAACGAGGGGGUAACUUAUUGUUCAAAGUUUACAACUCUUGUAUUUCACUGGAGCUCAAACAUCUACUGGAGCUGCAGUGCAGUCAAAAAGGAAAGUAAAAACCAACAACAACCACCAAACAUCCUUUCAACCAAAUUUAAAACAACUAAAUUUCAAUUUGUAUAUUGUUUACAUAAGAGCAGAUAUAAAGGGUACAUAAGUGUGUAAAAAUGUCUGGUAAGCCUUUGUCUCAUAUUCCUGUUGUAAAGGAUAUUUUUGUUUUACUUCUGCUAAUAGCAGCAGGUUUGCAUUUUACAUAGCAACCAAGCUAUGCUUCUAGGGGCAGGCCUUGGAUUUUCAUCUUAUCAGCUGGGAUGGCGAGGACAUCAGAGAAGAGAGGAGGGAUGUCGUGGAGUGGGCGGGACUAUAUGUGAUUGGGCAUGGAGAUCAAGUGGGAUCAGUUUCUUGUUUCUUGUCUUGUGUAUGUGAAUACCUAAAAGAUGCUGCAUCGUGGCUUUUACAGACCUGCCACUACAUCCCAGACUGACUUGAUCAUUUUCAGAACUAGCUACAGUUUGCCAGCUAAACUACAGGGGGUGGAGGGCUGGGCCUAUUCUUGCCCUGGGAGGUAACAAGUUGAUGUGCGGAGGUAGAGAAGGAUUAAAGGGGAAAGCAUGGGCUUCCUGUGCUAAGGGACCAUGCGGGAGAGCAGCAAAAUGUAAGCAGUGCUGGACUGCAGCUCUCAGUAUGAAUAGUGAAUACGCUCUAUUCAGUGUUUAUACUGGCUCACAAACACUGCUGCCUUUUUCUUGGUCCUGACAGAUAAUGAGCGGGCAUGUGGCCAGAGAGUAAUAAGCAGGCUAAACUGGACAAUAAAUGUAAGGGAAGGAAGGUCAACAUGUGGGUGGAUUAAAGAGUUAAGAGCCAGUCGUUUGGAUGCACAUCUAUCUCUGUGCUGAUGUCAUCCCAGAACUGUAACUAUCACACCUUGCUUUUUAUAACUUAGUUAAGGGUGGCCCUGGUUCAUUUCAUACAUGAAUUUGAUAUAACUUUGAACCAGCAAGUGUUUAAACUGAGAUCUGAGUCCAGAAUCAAGUCUCAUUUACACCAGCCUACAUCCAUAGUUGUUCCACUGAAUUCAGUGGGUUAACUCCAGAUUUACACCCAAAUGAAAACAGAAUCUUCACCUAACAUUUCAGUAACACAUGGUUAUUGAAUCCCCAUUGCUUGCUUGACACACAGAGGGCCUGGUUCUUUUCCUUUUUUUCUUUUUUUUACUUAGACCAAUUUUACCCCAGUGCAUCUCCAUUGGCUUUAGUGAAGUUAAUCCGGAUUCACCCUGGUGUAAGUAAGAAAUGAUUUGGUGCGUGCAAUUUUUCUUUAUUAUAUAAAGAAAAGUAAUAUUGAUGCAUACCAUGGCUAUGUGAAUCUGUACAAUACUUCAGAAAUCAGUUCUGUCGGUUAACGUUGUUUGGGUGGUUGACAUUCUCUGAAAGUAGUUACGGAAUUGCUCCAAGCAGCAAAUAUUUUCAGUGCCAAACAUUCAACGUGACUAUUUUAAAAGGGGGGACUAAGGGCUAAACUGCAGCUUCAAAGAGGUGUUCUUACAUGUACUAUAAGGUUUGUAAAUCCAAUUUAGAUGCAGCAUUUUUACUUAACUUUAUAAAAACAAAAAGUGCCAAAAUGCAAUUUUUCAUGCUGAUUGACAUAAAGUUGAUAUUUCUUGGUUUCCUGUUUAUCAGAAUGCAUGAUACAAUGUAACUGAGCAUGAUUUGGUGGAGUAAUAAGGGAAGACGAUAGGAGGGGACUUUGGAAUGUGUUAGAAGGAGCUUAAAACAAAGUUAAUGAAGAGGAUAAUGAACUGCAGUAUUACACAGCUUGGAUAGGAAAUGAGAAGGUAUUCAAAUCUGAGUUGCAUCUUGAGCAUUCAUAGCUAUGUACAAUGUGCAGCUUCAGAAAAUGACUUGUGAACACAAUCACCUUAGCAUGAAUCUUUUGAAAGGAAGACAAAGUAUUUACAAAUCUGAAAUUCUAUUUAUUCCUUUGCUGAAUAUAGAAACAGAGGUUAUCUGAUUAUUAGAUAUAUUAUUUUGGAUAUAUUACUUAUUAACUUGCUAUGGCUGGUAACCAUGAUAAUGUCUGUUAUUAACAACCACAUAAUUCAAUUUUUCUUUUCUGUUCUUUUCCUUUC